ACUGGUUUAUUCCACAGCACAAAAUUUCCCAAGGAAAAGUAACAGGAAGCAGGGCAGUUAUUCCUCUGGCUGUCAGGCUCCUCUUCUAAUGUGAUGGAGAUGGCAGAGAACUUCAUCUGCAGCUUCACUGCACUUUGCUGUUUGGCACUGUGGAGCUUCACCGGGACUUCAGGUGUUACAAAUGUACCACCACCCCAUGCAACCAUAAGACCUGGCUUCCCUGUCCCAGUGAACACCAACAACCCCAGGGUCUGCAAGGCCACUCGCUUUGGGGUCUACAGAUAUAACAACAGCUCCAAUGACCUCUUUCUGUUUAAGGAACCACAGAUAAAGAAAGCCAUGGUACAGAUUGUCAGAGGGUUGAAGUACAUGCUUCAUGUGGAAAUCAAACGCACCAUGUGUGAGAAGAGGUAUCACUCCAGCCUGGACAGCUGUCACUUUCAGAGGGAAAAAAACCUGCAAUGGAUGCUGAGAUGCUAUUUUGAGGUCUGGAUAACACCUUGGGCACACACAGUACAUAUCCCUGUUGCCCAUUGUCAGCAAGACUUUUCCCUAUGAAAGCCUGACUAACAGAGGAUCUCCCACCAUGAGUUUUUAUUUGUUUGGACUGCUGAGGUCAAUACUGAAGUGGGGAACAGCUGUACAGAACUGCCACAGAGCUUUUCUCUCAAGCACAUGGUUGUUUUUUCCUUGAGAAAGACACUCAAAAGACAAGACCUGCCUUGACUGAAUGUCUUGCUAUCUAGUUGUGUAUCUGUUUUUCCAAAACUAAACUGCACAUGAACAUGUGUUGUCAUUCAUUCACCAUCCAUCCUCUGGUCAGUUUCCAAGCACUCCCAGGAAGCUCUGUUGCACUUGUUUUGUGAUAAACCUUCACAAAGCCAUGAUGGAAAUUGGUCUAAACCACAGCACGUGUGAAUAUAACACUGAGGAAAGCUUUACAACAGUGGGAUGGUUUGCCUGGGUAUACACACACACACACACACACACAAGUUUUAAGAUUUUCCAGUGCCAGGGAAAUGGUCAGACACAUCUGCAGGAAGGCAAGAGGGAGAGCUGUUCUUUUUUUUAAGACAGAGGUAUAGAUGUCUUGAAACACAGACAGCUCAGAAAUUACACAGUCUAAUGAGUCCUUCCACUUUAAUCAAAAGGUAAGCUACACUGUAAAAGGGCAUUGCUGCAAAUGCCAAGGCAAAUAAAUCUAAUCAUAUUCCCAAAGUGUAAUUGUGAGGUUAAAAAGCAUAGUUCCAUUCACGUUAAUAUACAACAUUUAAUCUCUGCCAGACCACAGCUUAUAUUCAGGUUCAGUACAAUGAUGGUCUUCCCUAGGUGGGCAUCUACCUUUCCUUCAAGUCUUCACUCUUCACCCAUGGGCUAAUUAUUGCUUACAGUGGACUAAGGUCUCUAUUAGGAAGGAUUUGGAUAGCUGCUCCCUUAAAACAGACAUAAAAUCUAAGCCCAUGAUCAGUCAUAUAGACCACCACUUCAAAAUGGGCAGGGCCAUGAUCUAAGCCACAAAGAACACAUUUUUUCCCACAAAUACUCCUUUUCUGAGAGUUGUUGCCUUUCUACAGUAAUAAUAUAACUCCUAUUAGCAGUAAGACACCCACUUUCAGCCCUUAUAACAACCAUUCAGUGAAGAAAGGCCAGUGAAGGGCUCUAAGCCAAGGUCUGG